AAAAUCUAAAAAACAAAAAAACAUUGGUCUGUGUAAAAAAUUGUCUAUUUUAUCAUAAUUUGUAGUCAUUUUUACAUGAAUUGGUUUUACAGCAAUUAUAAUUUUAAGAACACGAUUAGGCAUUAAUUUCAACUUAAAAUGAAUGAACUAGACGAUAAGGUGCCUGAAGCAAUUGAAUCAAAUGGUGAUAUAAACAAAGAUAAACCAAGGAAAAAUUGGGUGCAAUUUGACGACGAGUCUCCGCAAACAAGCAAUUUAAAAUCAGAUUCAAAAUUAACUAGUGACCAUGUAAUAAAUGAUAGCCCAUCAGUGUCUUCGAAUGCAACAGUUCCAGCAGUUCUGAAAACCGAAACUGUUCAUGUAAACAUAGAUCGUGGCGACAAAAACAUUGAGUCUAUGUCGCAGAGUGCUGUGCUGAAAAAUAUUGAAUUCAGAAACGUCCGACAUGGUUUCAGUAAUGGUGACAUUAUUGUGACCUUGUUGCCUACAAAUACUAAAUGGCCUUGGAUAACAGCAGCCAGAUUCCGUCCAGAACUUGUGCCUGAAGAGCUGAUGGCUCAAGGUUUGACUUUGACUGUUGAAGAAUAUGUCCAUGCCAUGGAGUUGCUUGUUAACGAUGCCCGUUUCACACUUUAUAAUGUUUGCUACAAGAGAGUUCUAGUUUGUUGGAUAACUGUGGCAUUUCUUGUGCUCCUCACACUAUUGUUUUCUGGUUUGGAAGGGCUCACACUGUUCUCUCUGGGAGUGUUGUGGCUUAUUCUCAAUGCUAUGGCCAUCUUUCUUUGCAUGUGGAUCAAAUUAAGACUCUCCAAAGGACUAGAACAGUGUUUGGCGAGUGUCAAUAAAUUACUAAAUAAGCACAAGUUGCUCCUUGCUUUAGACGACAGGGGUAAACUAUCAUGCCACAAAGUUAACCUUUGCUUUAUUUAUUUUGACUCUGCACCCUGCAUUGCUCAUUUACAACAAUUCAUUGAAAGUGAAGAGGGCAAAACUAUAAUGCAAGGCUGGGAACAAAGAUUGGAUGUAUCUGCAAGCGAUAUAGUUAUCCAGGGUAGCCAGUCUACGCGAUUGUCUAGGAAACAGGAAAGGUGCGCUCUUCUAUAUUUACGUUACGCCGGCCGUUGGGGAGCUUACGCCGUCAAAAAAAAAUUAGAUCUUUGCAGCGCCGUUCCUGGGCGUCAUGGUGACAAGUAUGUUUGCCCCUGUCAGUUCAUAGAAGAGCACUUGAAAACUAAACCGCCGGCGGGAAUAGCUAAGUUUUUCACUUUACCUACUCAAAACAUGCAAUUAUAUUAAGAGAUAUAAAUAAUUAAAAUUAAUCCGUCCAUUUUGCGAAUUCGAAAUUCCAAAGCUUCCGUUUUUACAUACUACAUGAUAUAUGUACAUUUAUAGUUUUCUUUUAAUCAUGCUUCCGCUUGUAUGAAAUGUGAUUAACAGUAAGUAUAAUGAUAUAUUCGAUGGUAUCUGGAAUGUGGCAGUUUUAGAUGAUUUUGUAAGAUUGUCUUUCACUUAACUGCUGAUUUUGAUGAUGUAUUAUAUUUUUUUCUAUUGCUAAGUUAUGUCUUAACAUUCAAUAUAUUUAAGCAUCUAUUUAUAGAUAUCUAACUUAUAUUCUCAUAACUAAUUCAUUGAAGUAUUUUAGUCAUAUAGAUAUUUUGUGUACUUAAGCAAUCCUAUUGGGACCACUUGGUUAAAAUGUUUUAUUUUGUUAACUUAUUUUAUUAAUUUUAUGGUAGUUUUGUAAGUUUAAAAUGUCAAGGGGCCAUAAGCAACUUUAGUAUUAUUUACUGAAGAGAUAAAGUCAUAUUAUGUAAAAUGAUAUUGUAUCUUGCAAUCAUCGGUUAUAUUAUAUUGUUAGAUUUGUUAGUGAUGUAUUUGUCAAAUGUAAUAUAUUUUUUUAGACCAUAGUAGGAAUAGGUAUGUUUUUCAAAAAUAUAGCACCAACAUAAUAAUCAUAAUAAUAUGCCUGCAUACAGACUGGCAGUCUCAACUUAAUUAAUACAAGCAUAAAUAACUCAAGGAGUUUACCUAAUUACUUAGAAUUUGUAUGCAGCUUUUUAAUUUAACUUAUCCCCAUCUGUGUUGGGUGUUCAAAAGUACUUAAUGAUAACAUUUCAAGCUAAUAAGGGAACAUAUUUAUUUUAUUAUCUUAAUUGAUGUUAUCAUUAUAUGUAAAAUUAAAAUAUAGCUGUAUAAUCACAACUGGUAUUAGGGCUCCAUCAGACGCAAGCGAGCAUAAUAUAAUGCAAGCGUGUAGUACGUCUAAUGGAGCCCUUACGCGACUGAUCGAUUUAUUAUCAUCACCCAGUCAGUAUUGAUUUACAUUUCGAAUCUAACGCUAAUUUUAUUUAUUUUAUAUUUUAUCAUUAUUUAAAAUUUUACUUUUCUCACAUUUUUAUAUAUUCACAGUUAAGUAUUUACAAAAUAUAGUUGGGGGCACCUAAUAACAUAUCAGUAUCAGUUGCACAAAUAAUAUAAUUAAUUACGCACAAUAUGUACUUAUAUUUUAUUUCAAUAUUAGCUAUAAUUUCAACUAAAUAUAGAUACUUCAUGUCUUGUAAUAAAUAAAUAUUUACAAUAGUCAUCUGUGUCUGGCAAGUAGGUACAUUAUGAUUUAUCUGCUACACUUUUAAAACAUAUCAGAUUGUGGAAUUUGUCUACAAUUUAGGAAUUUAUAUGAUAUAGAUCUAAGCCAAAGCUCAAUAUAUGUUUGGAAAUCUUAUUAAAUAUAAAUAUAUUUUCUUAAAUUUAUUAUUAGCGAUGAUUAAAUUAGUUACCUUAGCAUAAUAAAUUAUGUGUAUCAACUUAAUACUGCACUGUUUAACACACACAAUCACUUAUUUAAUUUUAAAAUAUUAUAACUUCAAAUAAGACAAGUAUAUUACAGUAUUUUAAAUUGUACUUUGAAACCAAUACCUAAUCUUAUAUUCCAUAGGUUAAUAUUAACUUCAAAUACAUACAUAAUAAUAUAGUAUAAAGCUAUGGUCGCUAAGUUGCUCGCCUGUUGCUUAAUUGAUUUUAUCGGCAUUUAUAAAUUCGACAUCCUUAUCUCUUAUCACUCACUGGAAUUUUAUCGAUAUUUCGCGCUUAUUUCACUAAUCGAUUGUGAGGCGAGACCCAACGAAUAUGUGAACAUGCACUCGCCACUCGUGCGAAUAUGUGAGUGCACCUUUGAAAUUUAAUAUUGUACUAACAUAUGUGGAUUCAUCUUUAAUAGCUGACAAACAUUGUUAUGUAGGUAUUUAGUCCUAACAUAACUUAAAAUUGACAUCUUUUUCAAUGUUUGGGCAGAGCUCAGAAUAUUUGAUUUAGUAACUGUUUUGAGAUCUGGGUCCCAAUUAUAAGGGUGAGUUUUCGCUGAAACGGGCGGAGGCGUGUUCAAUAGAUCAAUUCAGGUUAUUGUUUAAUAACUUGAUAAUUUUAUCACGUCAUCUCUCAAUAAUUCGAUUGGCUGCAUACACACGUCCUCGCAUCGCUUCAGUGAAACAGAAUACAUUAAAGCUACAGUCUGUAAAUAUAGCCUAGGUAGGCUUGCAUCGUCCUCGACACCGCAUCUCAGGCUUAAAUCUAGGCCAAAACACAUUUGCGCUAUGCUGGCCGGCUCCAGUGCGUUAGGACCUAAAAGCGUAUUUUGACUUGUUAAAAUCUAUAGAGCGCACUUUAAAUUUGCUCAGUCUUAAGAUUCAGUUAAAACGAGACAGAUUACGUAGACGAGACAGACAGAGUACGUAGUCGAAAUUCCUCGAACACGUACGAAACGAUUUGCUUCCUCUUUCCUAAUUCGAACCGCUAGGAUAUGGAACGCCCUUCCGGCGUCAGUUUUCCCUUCCACCUAUAAUAUGGGUACCU